UCACAGUGGUGUGACAAUGCAGUGAUGUGACAUCACUAUGAUCUCACAAUGCCCCAUGGGUAUAUUGAGACCGGCUGUUGUGCCUGUGGAGCAAGACCCAUCUGGAGUCAGUGCAGGAUCGUAACACCAUGAAAGCUCUUGGAAGAACCCGUGGAGCACCAUCUCAUUGCUGGUGUCCUGCUGAAAGGCAGAGGCACUGCUGAGUCUUGGCCCCAGAACACCACACCUGGUAGAAGGAGAAAUGGACCCUAAACUGCUGGAUCUCCCACUCGCAGUCAAGAUCCCUGUGUUUCCUGGAUCCAAGCCUGUCUUGUGCAGGGCAAAACUGGGGGAAAAGCUUCAUCGGCCAUUUCCUUAUUUCACCCUGGAUGAUCCCUACAACCACCACCUCACUAUACAAUACAACUGCCUGCAUGACCCCCUCCUGCGGGACUACCACCAUCGCAAGGAUGUCCUGAAGUUGCUGAGGAGACAGGGCUUGGUCACCCGUGACAAUAAUGUGGUUUGCACUCUGAAGGAGUUCAAUGAGUACAGGCAGUAUCUGACCAGGCACAGGGACCGGUCAGAGCAGAUGUUGAUGCGGAAAGAGGGAAGGACUCAGCCACCCCCGGCCAAAUCAAAGCAUGGCCCCAAACGGCCCGGAACCACCAACACUUCCCGCCAGGCGGAGCAGCGGCUGAAGGCUCAAAAGCCAUCUUGCCCACCUCAGCCCAAGAACAGGAAGACUCCCCUCAAAUCGGGCCAAAUCUACUCCAGAGCUGGGCUGGGCCAGGAAGGUGCCAAGAAGAGCACUCGUGCUCAAUCCCAGAGAAAGCCAGACGCUGCUGCCAGUGGCCUGUUUGAGCAAUCAACAGAAGCCCAGAAGCUUGAAGAGCUGGCUGAGACUGUGGUGCAAAAAGUGUUGGAGAGGUUGAAGGUUACCGGGGAUAAGCGUGUCAGCUGUCUAAGGAGGAUUGCGCAGGCGAUCAGAGGAAGAUUUUUUGGCAGCUGCAUGAGAGUAGAGCUUUCGGAUUCUUCUGUAGAUCACCGUGAGGAAAUGGAAGCGGUGGCCAAAGAGCUUGUAGCAACUGUGCUGGAGAUCUUGGGGGAACGUCUGGCAUCCAGCACGUCCAAAGCUCCUGAGCCAGGGGCAGCAGCCACGCAGAAGGAGCAGCCUGUUGACGGAGGAGCCACCCAAGCAGGCGAAUCCAAGGAGAAUGAAAUAGCCACUUUGGACAUAGCAUCUGCACAGUCUUCCCUUGACAGACUCACCAGAGAAGUUGUUGAGAGUGUUCACUGCACCUUGCAAUCCUUUGUAGCUUCUCAGUUUGAACAAGACUCUACUUGUGAGCACACUGAAAUUCUGGAGCUUCCCGGGGGAAACGACUCCAACAGAGAGCUGCAGCCAGGAGCAUCUGAACAGCAGAACCUGGAAGCAAGCACAGGAGUGAAGUUGCCUGCCUUAGAACCACAGCAGCGUGUAAAAGGGACCGGCCGUGCCAAAACCGUGGAACCUGAGGGUCUUGCAACAGUGGAGGAGAACUUGGAGAAAAAAAUGAAUCUGGAGUCAACCGCCUUAGCUGACUCUUUGGAUAUAAGGUCCAUGGCAGAUCGGGUUGUUGACUCGGUGUUAGAGCGGAUGAACGAGCCUGAGGCUGCACUGACCACCCAACAGGAUUGCAAAGGGCCUGUGGCAAACCCCCGGAUUUCCCGCCAGCCCGUCCCUCCGGCGGGGCCGAAGCCCCCUGCCCGGGCCGGAGCACGGCACAGAGCUGUGCACCCACAGCCCAUCUGAGGAGAGCGAGGUGUGUGGCAGGAGAGGUGAAGAGCCCCCGGACAGCAAACACAGACCCACACCCUUGUUUAGCCAAUAAAGAGUUUGCUGCCAA